UCCGAAGAGCUCAGCCCGAACGAACCGUUGCUGAUUGGGAAGUAUGGGCUAAGAAUGAGCGAGAGGUCCUCACUGCCAAGUAUGGUGGAAACAUGGAAAAAAGGAGUACUGGAACAAAUUUGUUGACCAACCAGAAUGCGGAUUCAAGUUAUUUUGGAACUGUGGCCAUAGGAACUCCACCGGUCGCCUUUAAUGUCAUCCUUGACACUGGCUCGUCCGAUCUCUGGGUUGCAGAUCAAGCCUGUACCACCGGCUGUUCCAAAGUCCAGUUAUUCAAUGACCAAAGCUCAUCUACUUUCCACAACCUUUCUGAGCCCUUCAACAUCCAAUACGGUUCUGGCGCUGCAACAGGUACAUUAGGCCAAGACGUCGUACAGAUGGCUGGGUUCUCUGUUCCAAACCAGAUUUUCGGUGUUGUCACGCAGGCGACGUCGGGCCUUCUGAGCCCACCAGUGUCUGGCUUGUUGGGCUUGGGAUGGCAGAGCAUAGCUACUUCGAAAGCGGAACCGCUCUGGCAGACCUUGGCAAGCUCUGGGGCUUGGACAGAUCCGCUCAUGGCGUUUCAGCUCACGCGGUUUGUCAACGGUUCGAACGUCAACGAUGUGGAACCUGGUGGAUCGUUCACUAUGGGCUUUGUCAACAGCAGUCUUUACACUGGCACCAUCGAUUACCAGGCCAUUCCAACGACGCCAUCUUAUUGGAUUCUACCGAUGACAUCGUUAACCGUCCAAGGAAGCUCUAUCUCCAUCCCCUCUGGUUCUUCAUCCUACUCCGCCAUCGAUACCGGGACCACCCUCGUCGGUGGGCCCUCUAGUGUCAUCCAAAACAUCUUUGCACAGAUUCCAGGUUCGCAGCCCGGCACAGGCAGCUGGCAGGGAUACUGGACCUACCCCUGCAAUACCGCCGUCAACGUCGCCAUCUCCUUCGGCGGACCCAGCUGGCCCAUCUCCCCUGCCGACUUCCAACUCACAAAGAUCAGCUCCUCCCAAUGCGUUGGUGCCUUUUUCGAACUAAGCACAAGUGGCAGUGCGCCAAAUUGGAUCGUCGGCGAUACUUUCCUCAAAAAUGUUUAUUCGGUUUUCCGAUACAGUCCGGCUUCUGUUGGUUUUGCUGCGCUCUCGAAUACUGCGCUUGCUAUGAACGGGGUUAAUGCUGCUGCUCCUUCGCCUACUAUUGGUUCGGUCUCGGCUAGUGCGACAGCGGGUACGGGGGGUGGAAGUAAUAGUGCUUCUCACCGUUGGGGUAUUCCAUGGGUACCGCUUGUGGGUGGUAUUUCUGUCGCUAUUGGUGCUGUGUGGAUGUGAGACGUCAUGCAUGAUUUCGGAUCAAAUAGGAAUGGAUGGAUGCGUGCUCGGCCAGGGACUCUUACUGAUCAUUUGUUUAUUGACAACGGACUCCACAGGACAAUGUCACUACACCAUGGAUUGUAUAUUUAGCAUCAGUAUGAUAUAGUUGUAUCUCUUAUUAUUGCUUUGCGUUGAUACAUAACAUCGAGUCAAUCAGCGGUUUGACAAUCUGCAGUGUGAUAGAAUGACGAGACCAAAUGGCAA